AUGUCCAACGCACAGUUUUAUGAGCUUUAUCGUCGCAGCAGCAUUGGCAUGGCUCUAACCGAUUCACUCGAUGAGCUCAUUCAGAGUGGCCAUAUCAAUCCUCAACUUGCCAUGCGGGUGCUUACGACCUUUGACAAGAGUAUUUCAGAAGCGCUUUCACAGCUUGUGAGAAACAAGGCUACUAUCAAGGGCCAUUUACACACGUAUCGAUUUUGCGAUGAUAUUUGGACCUUUAUUGUGGAGAAUCCCAACUUUAAGUUUGAACAAGAGUCUGUAACAGCUGAUAAGAUCAAGAUUGUUGCUUGCAAUGCCAAACGCCCAGGAGAACAAUAG